AUGUUGUCAACAUCAUUAUCGUCACCGAACUUCAUCAGCGUCGUCUUCAUCUUCCUCAUUUUUUUCCAUUCUUCGCGAGCCACGAACAAAUACGUAUCCACCCACCUAACUAACAAUAAUAAUAACAAUAAUAAUAACAAUAAUAAUAACAAAAAUAAUAAUAAUAAUGACGAAACUAUAGCUAGUAGCUACCAUCAUCAGCCCCACUAUCAUAGUGUUGGUGGUGUGAGUAAGAGGAGUUCCAUCUUACAGUUGCAACAUCAUCAACAACAUCAGUUAGAUCUGCCUCUUCAUCAUCGCCAACCCAUUCCAACAGCCGCAACAACAUGGAAGCAGACUUCAGCAGAAAAAAUACCUGGAAGCUACACUGUCGUCCCACCUAACUUCUCUGCAGUUGCAAGCUCUUGA